AUGAACGUAGAACUAGACAAGAUCCAGAUACCUGAUUAUCCUUCAGGAUCGUACAACUUUAUUCGUCGUCUCCGGAGGGAGAAGGAAUUGCCAUUGCUAUCGCCGGUCAAGUGCAAGUUGUCGAACGGAACAGCUGCGCAUGCAACGAGACAGACCAAAACAAGCAUAACGAAUGGAACGAAUGGGACCUCGGAGCAACCAUGGGCGAAAUUGAACGUGGCUAUCAUCGGCGCCGGCGUUGGAGGUCUCUCGAAUGCGAUUGCUUUGGCUCAAACGGGCCACGUUGUGUCUGUCUACGAACAGGCUUCCGCUUUGAGUGAGGUCGGAGCUGGUAUCCAAAUCCCACCAAAUUCGACCCGCAUUCUCCAUUCAUGGGGUCUCCGUUCUGCUCUCGAGCGGCGGUCUGUCAAGCCAGCGGCCCUGCUUUGGCGACGUUGGGAAGAUGGAUCCGUCAUCGGAAAAGCCAAGCUCAAUCCGGAUAUUGAGCAAUGGUUUGGCUCACCCUACUAUGUGACCCAUAGAGCACAUUUGCAUGAGGUUCUGCAUGACCGGACGGUCGAACUGGGUGUGCCUGUGUAUUUGUCCAAAAAGGUGCAGAAGUACGACAUGCAAAAUGGUGAAGUGACAUUUUUUGAUGGCCAGACGAUCAAGGCGGAUCUAAUAGUUGCUGCCGACGGACUGAAGUCGUUGGCUCGCCAUGAGCUCAAUGGCGACAAAGACAAAGGACCGUGGGGCCAUGGGCUUUCUGCAUACCGAGGGACAAUUUCCGUAGCCGACAUGAAGGCAGACCCUAUGACCAGAUGGAUUCUCGAGCAGCCGAAUCUAAAUCUGUGGGUCGGGCACAACCUACAUGUAAUGAGCUAUGCCAUUGCUGGGGGAGAACGUUUCAAUCUGGUCGUCACUCAUCCACAAAGUCGGGAUGGAGCAGAAGAGAAAUCAAUGCCUCAGAUACUGGAGGAAAUGAGGUCACAAUUUGUUGGGUGGGAUCCAUGUCUGAGACGGCUGUUAGAGUUGGUGACUUCAACUUUAGACUGGCCUAUUAACUGCAUCGACAUUCCUGACAUCUGGUCUUCUGAUUCCGGCAAAGUCUUGAUAACCGGCGACGCAGCUCACGCGAUGGUUCCGUACAUGGCCUUGGGAGCUGCCAUGGCUGUGGAAGAUGCUGCUGCGUUAGCGGCCUCGUUGAAGCAUGUUCGAUCAAUAGAGGAUCUUCCAGUAGCAAUAUCCAAAUGGGAAGAAAUGCGCAAACCUCGGGUGAAGAGAGUCCACGAAGCCAGUUACGCACAUGGCUUGAUACUACAUCUUCCGGACGGGCCAGUACAGCGAGCUCGUGAUGAGGCCAUGAAGGUGGAAGUGCAAGGCGAAGAGUACAAGGAGAGCCCUAAUCAAUGGAGUGACCCAGUGUUGACCGAGUGGGCGUAUUCACAUGAUCCGCAGGCAGAAAUCGAGAGGUUGUGGUCGGCUAUUGGUGAAUAG